AUGAGGUGGAUUCUCCUUCUCGGGGUCCUCAUUGGGGCCGCUUGGGGCCUGCAAACCUUUGCAGGCGACCAAGUUCUCCGGGUCGAGCCCUGCAACGCCGAACAGGUCCACCUGCUGAAACAGCUGGAAGCGCAAGAAUCUCUCCGGCUUGAUUUCUGGCGGUUCCCUUCCUACCCCGAACGCCCGGUGGAUGUCCAAGUCUCCUUCGCUUGUCUCCAAGCUGUCAAAGUUUUCCUCGAAUCCCACCACAUUAAGUACUCGGUCCUCAUCGAAGAUGUCCAGGCCAUGGUGGAUGAAGAAGCCCGAGAGAUGGAACUCAGUCAACGGAGCGAACGCAGCAGGAACGGUUUCAACUUUGCCACUUAUCACCCCUUAGAAUCCAUUUAUAAAGCUAUGGAUGAUAUCACAGCCCAAUACCCCCAGCUCGUGAGCAAAGUCCAGAUUGGAGAAUCAUAUGAGAAAAGGCCCCUCAACAUUCUCAAGUUCAGCACUGGAGGAACAAAUCGUCCGGCUAUCUGGAUUGACGCCGGCAUUCAUGCUCGAGAAUGGAUCACCCAAGCGACGGCCCUCUGGACGGCGAAUCAGAUUGCCUGUGAGUACGGGCACGAUCCAGCCUUAACCUCUGUCUUGAACGCCACGGAUAUCUUCCUGCUGCCUGUUGCCAAUCCCGACGGAUAUGUCUUCUCUCAUACCACAAACCGCAUGUGGCGGAAGACCCGUUCCAGGGUACCCGGCAGCGACUGCAUUGGAGUGGAUCCCAACAGAAACUGGGAGGCAGGAUUUGGAGGACCUGGAGCCAGCAACGACUGCUGUUCUGAUUCCUACCAUGGCCCCAGCGCCAACUCUGAGGUGGAGGUCAGGUCCAUUGUGGAUUUCAUCAAGAACCACAGGAACGUCAAGGCCUUUAUUAGCAUCCACAGCUACUCCCAGCUGAUGAUGUACCCUUAUGGGUAUAAGUGCAGCAAGCCCAAGGAUUCUCAAGAGCUGGAUGAAGUGGCAAAAGCAGCUACCAGGGCCUUGGCCUCCCUCUACGGCACCCAAUAUAAAGUUGGGUCUAUCUGUCCCGUUAUCUACCGAGCCAGCGGGGGCAGCAUCGACUGGGCUUAUGACUACGGCAUCAAGUAUUCCUUCGCCUUGGAGCUGCGGGACACCGGCCAGCAUGGCUUCUGCCUGCCCGCCAAUCAGAUCAUCCCAACAGCCGAAGAGACCUGGCUGGCGUUGAAGACCACCAUGGAAUAUGUGCGAGACCAUCCCUAUUGA